AUGAAGGAGCCGGAUGCCAUCAAGCUGUUUGUGGGGCAGAUCCCGAGGCAUCUGGAGGAAAAGGACCUGAAGCCCAUCUUCGAGCAGUUUGGCCGGAUCUUCGAGCUGACGGUCAUCAAGGACAAGUACACCGGGCUGCACAAGGGAUGUGCUUUCCUGACGUACUGUGCUCGCGAUUCAGCCCUGAAGGCCCAGAGUGCCCUGCACGAACAGAAGACUCUCCCAGGGAUGAACAGGCCGAUCCAGGUGAAGCCGGCCGACAGCGAGAGUCGAGGAGAAGACCGGAAGCUCUUUGUGGGCAUGCUAGGAAAGCAGCAGACAGAUGAGGAUGUCCGGAAGAUGUUUGAACCAUUUGGGACUAUAGACGAGUGCACUGUGCUCCGGGGCCCUGACGGUACCAGCAAAGGCUGCGCCUUUGUGAAGUUCCAGACUCACGCCGAGGCCCAGGCGGCCAUCAACACCCUUCACAGCAGCCGGACCCUGCCGGGUGCGUCAUCCAGCCUGGUGGUCAAGUUUGCUGACACAGAGAAGGAGCGAGGUCUCCGCCGGAUGCAGCAGGUGGCUACCCAGCUGGGCAUGUUCAGCCCUGUCGCCCUCCAGUUUGGAGCCUACAGCGCCUACACCCAGGCUCUGAUGCAGCAGCAGGCGGCCCUGGUAGCAGCUCACAGUGCCUACCUCAGCCCUAUGGCCACCAUGGCCGCCGUACAGAUGCAGCACAUGGCUGCCAUCAACGCCAAUGGCCUCAUCGCCACCCCCAUCACACCAGCCUCAGGAACCAGCACCCCUCCUGCCAUUGCUGCCACGCCCGUCUCUGCCAUCCCUGCUGCCUUGGGUGUCAAUGGCUACAGCCCGGUGCCCACCCAGCCCACAGGGCAGCCUGCCCCUGAUGCUCUGUACCCCAACGGGGUUCACCCUUACCCAGAUGAGGCUCUGUCUGCUGAGAGAAGUGCUGGCGGGGUUCCCAUUAUGUCCCAGACCCACUCACGGCUUGUGAUGCUCUCUGCAGCCCAGAGCCCGGCCCCUGUGGAGCCUCUCCAGCAGGCCUAUGCAGGGAUGCAGCACUACACAGCAGCCUACCCAGCAGCCUACAGCCUGGUUGCACCUGCGUUCCAGCAGCCUCCAGCCCUGCUCGCCCAGCAGCCCCCACCACCACCUCAGCAACAGCAGCAGCAGCAGCAGCAGCAGCAGCAGCAGCAGCAGCAGCAACGGGAAGGCCCCGAUGGCUGCAACAUCUUCAUCUACCACCUGCCCCAGGAGUUCACAGACUCAGAGAUCCUCCAGAUGUUUGUCCCUUUUGGCCAUGUCAUCUCAGCCAAAGUCUUUGUUGACCGGGCCACCAAUCAGAGCAAAUGUUUUGGCUUUGUGAGUUUCGACAAUCCGGCCAGUGCCCAGGCUGCCAUCCAGGCUAUGAACGGUUUCCAGAUUGGCAUGAAGCGCCUCAAAGUCCAGCUAAAGCGGCCUAAGGAUGCAAACAGGCCCUACUAA